UCGACUAGCUGCGAAGAAUCGUGAUGCCUGAGGCCAAAUUGCGGACUUUGCGGACCCUCAUACAAUUUUUUGGAUCGCGAAAUAUCUCCUCGAGAGCCAGAAGCCCAUCACCCCUCCAAAUAUGUUCCGCUCGCGCUUCCCACGGAUAGGGCACUCUUUACAGAGGAACUUCAUCAGGAGUCUUAGCCAAAGUGUGCCUCCAUUGAGAUAUGAUUUCACAAAUGGCAUUCGUGAAUUCAUUGGCCCGCAAGCUUUCGAGCUCUCGUGGACGGCAUAUCAAAAGCUUAUGGUGGACAAAUUGAGCGAUGCAACAGCAGGUGGGUUAUUUCUUAUCAUAUGAAUUGUGUUGCAGUUGGUGGUAAAAUCGUUCAAUCUGCGAGGGAAGUUUUCUCUAGAAGUACAAGUUGCGGGACUUUUCUUGGGAACUGCGGCGAUUUGUCCCACAAUAUAACUUUGUCACUAAUAAUUCUAAAGGUGUUCCUCACCUCGAAGCAAGACAUCCCAAGGAAAUCGCCAUCAUGACUGCGCGUGAUCCAGAUCAAGCGGCAAUCUUCAACUAUGCAUCAAUGGCAUUCAACAACAACUUCUUCUUCAACUGCAUCCAACCCGACCCCACCAGUGAACCCGAAAUAUCAGAACGACUCCGACUCGCCAUCGAGGCCUCAUUUUCCUCUGUCGAUUCGCUGAAGAAAGAAUUCGUCAUCACAGCUAGUAAAAUGUUUGGGCCGGGAUUCGUAUGGUUAAUUAAGGACAGAUUCGAUAACCUUUCACUAUUGACUACGUAUCUAGCGGGUUCACCAUUCCCUGGUGCACACUACAGGAGACAAACGAAUGAUAUGAAUACCGAGAGUGAUAAUUUGACAGAGUACCACAGACAGAGGUUAGCAGGACCACCUGUAAAUACGGUUGGAGCACAUGGAGCAUUGAGCAAGGAUAGAAAACCACCGGGAGGAAUCGAAUUCACGCCCAUUCUGUGCGUCAACACAUGGGAGCACGUAUGGAUUCCCGAUUACGGAAUGGGAGUCGAUAAUGUAGGAGGAAAGAAAGUAUAUGUAGAGAAUUGGUGGAACGUCAUCGAUUGGGCUGUAGUAGCAGAUAACGCAUCCUUAUCUGGAAACUCAUCCGCAAAGUAUGAGCGGGAGUAAGAUUCUAAUGAGAUUUUACCCUGUCGAAGAUACCGAGGCCGAGAAAGAGAAAGCUACGCUGCUGUGGUAUAUCUGGGAGAUGGCGUUUCAAGGCAUUGGAUGUACUAUAUGUGAGGUCUCGACAAAACUUGCAUUUAGAAGUAAGUGUAGAACAAGAGAUGACGGACCAAAAAUACUAUUUGUUUAUAACUAGCUCGAUUGAAGAAAAAAUAACUCGGCAUAAACAUGCAGAAUGCUCGCUCAUUCUGUAUUAUUCGCUUCUUCGAUGGAAAUUCUAUUUCUCCACGAGCAGAUCCGCAAACCAUAAAUUAAAUUAAAUAUGCCCUUCCCCUCCAUCCAUC